UCUUCUUCCCCUGAAAAUCGAUUAACCAAAAGGAAAGGAGACGGAAACGUCAAACAUCAGAAAGAAAAGUUUGAAGAGAAGCGAAGGAAGGAAAGAAGAAUCAUCUUCUUCUUCCAUGUAACCAUUGGAGGAAAGAUAAUUGCUUCAACGUCUUUUCCUUCCUUCCUUCUUCCUUUAUCUUCUUCAUCUACAGUUUCGCGAUCCCUCCAUUGAAUCUGUACCUUUCGAUUCAUUAAGGCGACGCCACGAUAUGCUACUUGCUAACAGUUUCUAUCUGUGGCAAAAAGAUGCCUUCUUUUCAGCUGCCGAAGAGGUUCAGCAGUCUGCCGACAUAAUGGAGUCAGCAUACAGGACCUGGUCAAGGAAGAAGAUUGGAGGUCUAGAAGGAGAAGAUUUGGUUGAACUCUGUAGGGAGCUUCAGACUGCCUUAGGAACAACGAAGUGGCAGUUGGAAGAAUUUGAGAAGGCUGUAAGUUCCAGUUAUAGAAACCAAUGUGAUGAUAGUAUUGUAAAGAGACAUAAGCAAUUUGUUGAUGCUAUUCAAGACCAGAUAUUUCGUGUGGAAGCGUCGUUAAGAGAUUCUUUUAACGAAAAUAACGAGAAUCCCAUUAGGUGGGUGAAUUUAGAUGAAGAAGAUUAUGAUGAUUUAGCUGCUUUUCUCUCUGGAUCAUCUUCUAGUCCAUCAUCGGAUAAGAUAGAGUUUAAGAAGGUGGAAGAUACAAGUAAUGGAUUGAUUCAAAAGGAUCAAUAUUGCAGUUCUUCGUCUAGUGUGUAUAAUAAGGAUGCACAAUGUAUUAUAGAUGUCGAAGAAAAAAUUGAUAGUACAUGGAAUUUACCAAAUACUGGAAUUGCUGAUGAAUAUGAUGAAAUGAAAGAUAGGGGGGCUACGAUUUCAAUGCAGAGAUUUGGAUAUUCUCGGUUAAGAAGCAUAAACUGGUUUAACCAGAUCCUAUUGCGCGUUAGUGGGAGUCGACGUCGUCAUAGACAAGUGAAAUCACCUUUGAAUUUUCAUUUCACAUCAGCCCGGUUUAUGUUUGUAUUGAUGCUGCUUGUUUUCUUUAUGGUGCCGUUCUUACUCUAUUCAACCUGAGAUUCGAUCCUUCGAGGCGUGUACUUGCCAUGUAAACAGAAGACAGAAAGGAUUUCUUUUUGUUUAAGAUUGAAACUCAGUUUGAAUUGAAUCUCUGUUCCAACUCUAGGAUUGUAGUUGUAGUUUGUGACUUGCAGCUUAAAUUGGUCAUAUGGUUUGUGCAAGAAAGAGGACUUAUUCUUCUUUUAUCCAUGUAAUGUCAAAUGUGCUUAUUAUUAUAAUGUGAUGUUUUCAUUGGUAA